AUAACUGACAUCAAGAUAAAACAAACGUAUAAAAACGCUAAGCGUUCAAUGAUGAUCAGUUCCAAGUGGUUACUCUUCCGAACUAGAGAAAACAUGAAGGCCGCUUUCAUCCUCCUGGCUAUUGCCCUCCCGGCAGCCUAUUGCUUCUACUUGCAACCUAACGUGCAUUACAUGCCCGCAAGAGUCAAUUCUAGAAGUGCCCCAGUUUACAAGCGUCUCGGUGAUAUGUUCCACCGCUUGCAUCUUGCCAGCAGACGUUGUGUCAAUACGUUUGACGAAAGCUGUAUCAAUGACAACAUUAAUGGCGCAGCAUCGGACGAAGGGUUCCUCAAUGGAGGCAGCGGACCAGGAAAACGCUGCGUCAACACUUUCGACGAAAGCUGUGCUAAUGGAGACAUUGACGGAGCUGGAACUGACGACGACUGGCUCAAUGGCGGAGACACCCCUGGCAGGAGAUAAUUUACCUAUCGUUUGUAAUUAUCACAAGCAAUUAGUUUGAAUAAAGUUUAAUAUGAAGAGA